GGCCGGAGAGGGAGGGGAAGGAGGGGGCGUCGCCAUGGCGGCCGGGGCCGAGCCGGCCAGCCGGCUGCGCCGACGAGGACCGAGAUGAAGCGCUGAGGCGAGAGGAUGAUCUCGCGAUACACCCGGAAGCCGGUGCCCCCCGACGCCCAGGGGAUUCGAGGACUUACAAAAAAUACCUUAGAACAUCAUCCCCUGCCAGACUCACUGGACGACAGUUACCCAUCCACUGAAAGUCAAGAAGAUAUUUCAAGUGAGCCUGAAAGUACAAAAGAGUCAAACUACCAAGUAGACAAUGGAAACUCAUGGUCUGCUUGUCAGAGCUUCACAGGCACCUCCACUGAAGACAGUUCUGUUUUUUCUUGGGGCUAUGAUGAAUUUGAUAAGGCUGCUACACGGCAAGUUCAGCAAAUAUUCAGAGACAUUGAUGAGAUCCUUUAUGAACAAAACACAUGUUUAUAUGUUGGCCUAGAAGAAGAGUGCCAGCAAUGGAUGUCAGGGUUUCCUCACCUCAGGAUUGUAGGGAAACAAGUAGUGAUACCCAACGAUGAAGGCUAUGGAUGGUAUAUUAGUUCACCAUGCAGCACUUUAACUUCAUCAGACGUGAGUCCCACGCAAGAGAAAGAUCCUAGUGAGUUUACUAUUUGGGGCAAAAAGGUUCCCCUUUCUGUUUCUCCCAUUUGUAAAGAAGAAAACUUUUCAAAAAUCUCUGAAAUGAAUUUGUUUGAGAGUGAAGAAGAGGAAGAUGGAAUGAUUAUCUCUGAAGGAAUAAUGGAGGAAUACUUAGCGUUUGACCGCAGAGAUGUGGAAGAAGAGUUGCACGAAUGGAAAAUGGGACUUUCAUCAGAAAGACGGAAAUUAGGGUUUCCUCCAAUCUCGCCAUCAUGCUGCAUGAGAGAUGCCGUUCUUUCUUUUGUAUUUGAUGAUGUGUGGAGUGAAGUCUUAGGCUAUAUGGAGCAGCUAAUCUGCAGACACUGGGAAGGUCCAACCUCAGAUGAUGAGAAGAAUGUCAUUUCUGUAGAAACAAACAGGACAGAUUCAGGAAGUCCUUUUAUGCAGUUUGAACCUUUGCCUUUGGUAUUACCUCGAAUGCCACAAACCAAGAUGCCCUCUAUCCCUUCAAAUGUGGUAAAUAUUUCUCAAGGUACAAGUGCUGGCCCACAACGUAAUUUGAAUGGCUUGAUGAUAAUUCAUGGGAUGCCUUUACAUCAAAGGAACUUGCCCUUGAUGGACAAAAUAUUAGAUAGCGAUGAAAGAUGGCUUUUGAGGCCAGGAUCCAGUUCUAUCUUGUCCACCAGAGCUCGGCCAAAUCGCCCCCUUGAGCUCAGCACCUCUUCCCUAUCCUAUUCUGCGCAGUCUGCUAGAAGGCGUAACCCACCGCCACGUACCUUGCAUCCUAUCAAUGCCAGCCAUUCUCGCUCAGGAACCCCAAGACCCAUAGAUGAAGUCAUCAGGGGAACUCGACUCUCUGCUGCAAAUGAGCAGCUGUCAUCACCUUCUCCAAUGCCAUUAAGCAGAAAUAAUCUCCUGCCUCCUAUUAGUACCAUAGAAGGGACGGAACAUGUAGCAUCUCAAAAGCAAAUGAAAUCCCGGGGAAAUGCCAACCGGGCUCGUAGUGCAGUAGCAGAUGAAAUUAACCAUCAACCAGUACAUGAGAGAUUUGUAUUACCUGAAAGUUUCUCCAGGCCCAAUACAUCACAUGCAUUUUGGCCAGAAUCACAAUAUCGUCGUUCUUGCACUGUUAUUGAUUAUGCAAAUCAGCCACGAAAUAGUAAAGGAUCUGCUGGUACAGAUCCUGCAAACGUAGGUGUAAUGGGAGCCAGUUUAGGGGUAUCUAGCUCUUCCUAUAUUAAUUCUUUCCACCACCAGCCUCUUGGUCAUUUUCUUGAUGAAGAUGAGGAGGACAAAGAAGAUCAUCCUCCACUGGUAGGUCUUCAGUCAUAUGGUUCGGUAAGAACUCACAGCGAAGCUGGAUCAAGAAGUAGACAGGGAUUGUAAACCAUCCAUCUACAAGAUGAGGGAGAAUCUACUGAAGCUUUUAAAAGCAGCAUUCAACUACAGCAAUAUCAAAUUCGUUUACAGAAGAAUUUGAAAUCUUUCUUUACAAGAGUCUUAUUUUUGUAUAACAUCUGCCAAAGACCACAUGGUUGUAUUGGAAUGUUGUGCCAGCAGAACUGUCAUGCUGUUUUAUGGAGCACUAAAUGUGUCCUGUUGACCUCCAGUAUCAUGCUGUUGAUAUGUUCUAUUGCAAAAUCUCUGGCUUAAGGAUACAGUGGCAAUACUGGUUAAGGUUCAAUGACUUGCUAGUUAUUGAUACUUAAGAGCAAUAUGUUUAGCAAUAUUAUUUAUAAUAGUAUUAAAUUUGAUUAUUGCUUGGCCUGCACUUCCAGUAGUUUCCCUGGACAGUUGAAGGUUGUCAUUGCUAGUUCACGUAUUCACAUAUUCGGAAAAAGCUGAUGUUUGAAAUGUGCCCAGGAUUAAACACAGUAUCUUUGAAUUCAUUAAUGUAUUUAAAUGCAGGAUACCAUUAUUUCCCAAUUAAAUCCAUACAUGUUUAACCAAUUUUUAUUAACUUUAACUUUGGCUAAGAUUGUAGGGAACUGCUUUAGUUGUGUAUUCUUCAACUGUACUCAAUACGUAAUGUCCCUUUUAAGUAAAUGAGAAAGUUUGGUAAAAACCUAUAAGAAACUUUUUCAACACGCAGUCAAAUCUAACCAUUUAGGGUUUUCUCAUUGGGAAGAGAUAAUACUUUCUACAUUUUGUAGGAGAGAAGACCAGUGAGGUAUGUUAUUUAGAAAUAGAGAAAGUAUAGCAACACUGAAUAUUGUGUUUAAUGUCUAACAUAAUUUUAAUGUAAUUCAACAAAGACGGACUAGUAAGAUGAACUAGUAAGUGCCAGCCAUUAACUGCUAAAGCUAUAUAUAAAGUAAAGGUAACUUUGCAUUUUCCCUGAUACCAUGUGAGAGAUGUAAAAGAGCCAAGAUAGGGAAAGAGUCUUAUUAAAUUGUAAAAUGGAGUAUCUUUUCUAUGCAAAUAAAAAUAUUUUCUAGACUGUA